AUGAAGCUUUCAAACGACAAGUUUGAGUUAAUGUGCAUUUCGAUGCUCGGAUUGGGCCAGCUAUUCAUAAUGACCGGCAAUGAUUCACUGGCAUUCCUUCUGGAAUCUGUCGUCCACUCAAUCAACGAACGUGAGCCAGAUCGGAUCGAUGCGCACGCAGGAUACUAUGGACUUGCCGUCCUUUAUUUUUUCUACAAUCUCACAUGCCUAUUCUCGCCGUCAUUUUUGUACGCGACGAGCGCGAAAAUCACACUGUUCAUCUCAUCGGUGUUCUUCACAACUCUUCCCAUCGGAUUCCUGUACAUGAACAAAUACUACUUCUACUUCUCGUGCGCCCUCAAUGGCGUCGGAUUUGCGUUGUAUUAUUCGGGAAAUGGCGGCUAUCUGACGUCGCAUUCGAGCCGCAAAUCGAUCGAGUCGAACGCGUCGCUCUACUGGUCGUUGGCGAGCACUUGCAUGAUCGUUGGCUCCGCCAUCAUAUUCGUCAUCACCUAUUACACGGCUGGACGAGAAUUGCCGUCGGUUGGCGUCAACUCGACGGCUCUCGUUGAACACGAGAACGAGCGUCGGUUCAGCGACAACGAAAUAUAUUUGCUGUUCGGCGUGUUCACGGCUGUGUCGGUCCUCGGCAACAUCAUGUUCCUGUUGCUUCCGUCGCGCGAUAGCGAGAAUUGCAUUGAAAGCAGCCAGAAGACGGUCGCGUUCUCCGAUGGCCUUCAUCGUAUGUAUCGCGCGAUGCGAUCCCCAAAAAUGAUCAUUCUGAUUCCAAUGUUCCUCCUAAUCGGAGUGAACACCUCAUUCUGGGUGUCGAUCUAUCCAACAACACUGAUAUUCAACAAGUCCAAUCGUCAGUUGAUCUACCUUCAAGCGUUUUAUAGUUUCGGCGUUGGCUCGGGCGAACUUCUUAUGGGAGUUUUGAUUUCUCAAUUGAGCAAGAGAAUCAAAAAUUUUGGACUUCGCCCGACGUUCUUCAUCGGAUGCAUUUUCACACUUGCUUAUUGCUUCAUGGUGCUUCUCACGACGCCAAUCAGCUCGCCGAUCCAUCCAACCAGCGAGCCGCCUCUUCUAUUCCAACCGACGAACGGCAUCGUGAUUCUGAUCGGAAUUCUCGGAGGCAUGGGCGAUUGUUGCACGAGCAGUGUGCGGAGUGUCGUGUGCGCGAUCAACAUGCCGAAUCGGCGGGAUCAGGCGUUCGCGGUCUCCAAAUUCUUCCAGAGUUUCGGAACCGGCAUCAUGUUCUUCCUCAGUCCAUUUCUCAAUCUCUACUAUUACGUCAUCGGUGUGCCGAUUCUCUACAUCAUUGCCGGAUAUUGCUUCUACCACGAGUCCGCUCGAAUUCAGAAGCUUGAAAUGGCGGUGACGAUGGAAAUGGAGCAGAAGGAGCAGCAGAAGCGCGCGAAAGAAUACAAACAAUUUGAUUAA